GCGUCCAAGGGAGGCGCUCGCUACCUACAGGAUUAACCACAGGUGUUGCCACAUUUUGCCGUCCGCCUACCCCUUUUCUCUGAAAACGCUAUUUUCCUACACCUAAGGUUCAAUUGUUUCAAGCUUCCCACGCGACCAAGAGACAACAACGAUGGCUUUCAGAGCAAUUUCAUCAAUAAAAGUGAAGGUUGAGCUAAAACCAGUGGUGGAUAACAUGGUGUUCCGCCUUCACUACCGUUACACUUACAUAAUAUACAUGGUAUCGAUGUUACUGUGUACACUCUAUGAUGCAAUUGGUAAUAAAAUUGAAUGUAUGACUGGAGUGGAUUCGGAUGCUUUUAAGGAAAUGGUCAACAGCUACUGCUUCAUCAUGGGCACGUUCACAGUGGAUCGUCUUCACGGUGUUAAGGUGGGACUAGAAGUGCCCCAUCCCGGCGUAGGUCCCCAGCAACCUGGUGAAUCUAUCACUUACCACACCUACUACCAGUGGGUACCCUUCGUCCUCUUCGUCCAGGGUGUGAUGUUCUACGUACCUCACUGGCUGUGGAAGGGCAGGGAGGGCGGCCUCUUUAGGCAGGUUAUCCAGGAUCUCUCCAUCCGCGACUACCUUGGCUCAGACCUUAAGACCUACUUCAGUCGCGAAAAAAAGUUUGAAGUAUUGUCCAAGUACAUCUACCACCACAUGGACGCCCAUAAGAAGUGGGCGUAUUCGUUCUUCGUGUGUGAGUUCCUCAACCUAGGCGUCGCCGUGGCAACUCUUUUCUUUACUAACUGGUUCCUUGGCGGCGAGUUCCUAACGUACGGCGCUGAUGUAAUGGAAGUGAUCGGGUUGGACCCUGAGAACCGUACAGACCCGAUGUCGUACGUGUUCCCCAGGAUGGCCAAGUGCACCUUCAAGAGCUUUGGUUCUUCAGGGACCAUCCAAGUGCGAGAUGUCAUGUGCCUCAUCGCCACCAACAUCAUCAACGAGAAGAUCUACGUCUUCCUCUGGGUGUGGUUGGUAAUGUUGACGACCCUUACCUCGGCAUUUUUAAUCUACCGCCUCCUCACUAUUCUGUUCCCCUUCUUCAGACAUUUCCUCCUGAAGACUCGUGUAAAUCAUGAGAUGAGUCGCGACGUCACCGUGGUGAUGAAAAUGUCUUCUCUCAGCGACUGGUUCCUUGUGUACAGCCUCGGUAAGAACAUGGAGCAGACUGUGUUUAGCGAGUUUAUCCACUACUUUGCCGGCGAACUAUCGACUUCCACUGACACUCUGUCCAUGGACGAAAAAGAAAAGAUGAAACUGUGAGGAGUUGGAGCUACCGGAGAACGGUGAACACUGAAGCUGAGGUUAUGGGGAGGAGGGAAGCUGAAAUUGUAUUGUGUUUAAUAUGAAAUGAAAUGUGAAUCAUUGAAAUAACUAGUUGUGGGUGAGAAAAAUAACAGUAUAAAUAGACGAUCUGAAAUAGCGCAGCGACAGAAAAAAAAUAGACAAACAGACACUGAAACAGAAUGAUGUGAGAGAAAGAAAUUACGUGUGAAAAAGGAGGUCUUUUUAGACUGAGGAAUAGUGUACGUGUAGGGUGAAAGAGAAAGAUUUAUUCAGAGAGAGGUAACUCGGUGUUAUAAGCCUUGGAAGAGACUAAUGGCAAGUUCUGGACAUCAUAGAGACGUUCAAUUUUGUGAAAUAUCGCUUCUUCAGUCGCUAGGCUUAAGAACAGAAAGACAAUUUUGGGGAAGAUGAAUGAUGCAAUAGAAUUAACUGAACUAACCAGAAUAUAAUAAUAGAUACAUGGUAAUUGACAUAAGUAUGUAGUUAAGAGCAAUGGGUCAUUACCAGCUAGACGUAUUGGAAACAAUGUUGUCGACACAAGAGGUAGCACCACUAAUGUACUGUACACAAUCACUGGUUAUGUUUACAAAAUUAUUGUAUAAAAUAUGUAUUAUGAGAAUAGGUUAGGUUAAUUUAGGUUAGGCUAGCUUAGCUCAAUUUAUUUUAGCUUAGGUUAAAAAGUUUGUUUUGAUUUAUUGGAGACGUUAUAUUAGUGCAUGAUAAGACACGUAAGUGCAGUAUUUUACAAAGUAUAAAAAUAAUGAUGAGUCCAUUACGUACCACGGGUGGUAGAUGACAAUGUCCCAGGAUGGCAUACGAUAGUGCCACAGGUAGUAGUUAACAGUUCAACACGCGGUAGUUAACAUUUCAACAAGCGGUAGUUAACAGUUCAAUAAGCGGUAGUUAAUGGUACCACAGGUAGUACUUAAUAGUUCCACAAGUGGUAGUUAACAGUUCCACAAGGGUUAGUUAAUAGUGCCUCAGGUAGUAGUUAACAGUACCAAAAGUGGUAGUUAAUAAUGCCUCCGGCGGUAGUUAACAGUUCCACAAGUGGUAGUUAACAGUUCCACAAGUGUUAGUUAAUAGUGCCACAGGUAGUAGUUAACUGUUCAACAAGCGGUAGUUAACAUUUACACAAGCGGUAGUUAACAGUUCAACAAGUGGUAGUUAACAGUUCCACAAGUGUUAGUUAAAAGUGCCACAGGUAGUAGUUAACAGUUCAACAAGCGGUGGUUAACAGUUCAACAAGCGGUAGUUAACAGUUUAAUAAGCGGUAGUUACUGGUACCACAGGUAGUAGUUAAUAGUUCCACAAGUGGUAGUUAAUAGAACCACAGGUAGUAGUAGUUAACAGUUCCACAAGUGGUAGUUAAUACUGCCACAGGUAGUAGUUAACAGUUCCACAAGUGGUAGUUGACAAUGAUACAGGUGGUAGUUGACAGUGACACGGGUGGCAGUUGACAGUGACGCAGGUGGUAGUUGACAGUGACACGGGUGGUAGUUGACAGUGACACGGGUGGUAGUUGACAGUGACACGGGUGGUAGUUGACAGUGACGCAGGUGGUAGUUGACAGUGACACGGGUGGUAGUUGACAGUGACACGGGUGGUAGUUGACAGUGACACGGGUGGUAGUUGACAAUGACACAGGUGGUAGCUGACAGUGACACAGGUGGUAGUUAACAGUGACACAGGUGGUAGUUGACAGUGACGCAGGUGGUAGUUGACAGUGACACGGGUGGUAGUUGACAGUGACACGGGUGGUAGUUGACAGUGACACGGGUGGUAGUUGACAGUGACACAGGUGGUAGUUGACAGUGACACAGGUGGUAGUUGACAGUGACACGGGUGGUAGUUGACAGUGACACAGGUUGUAGCUGACAGUAAAACAGGUGGUAGUUGACAAUGACACAGGUAGUGUUUGACAGUUACACAGGUAGUAGUUGACAGUGACACUGGUGGUAGUUGACAGUGACACAGGAGUGACACAAUUAAUAAUUGACAGUGACGCAGGUGGUAGUUGACGGUAACACAGGUGGUAGUUGACAGUGACCAAGGUGGUAAUUGACAGUGACACAGGUGGUAGUUGACGGUGACAAAUGUGGUAGUUGACAGUGACACAGGUAGUAGUUGGCAGUGACACAGGUAGUAGUUGGCAGUGACACAGGUGGUAGUUGACGGUGACAAAUGGGAGUUACUAAGGUGUCUUAAUCCGCUGUGUACGGGUUCCUCUCUGUACUGAAUAAAAUCUUCUGACAUUGGCCAAAUACAAUAUUAUAAAUGAUGUCCCCGUAGGUAAGGGGGUUAGUGGAUAUAGUCUUGUCAUCCCUUGGGUGGUUAAAACAUCUCUUUCGAGUAUUAAUUCAUAAAACACUGAAGGUGUACCUUAAGUCUUGUAAGAUAUAUCUGUGUUCAUGAGCUAUGAAUAGUUAACAAAAUAAUAUUAGUUUAUUAAUAUACUUUAUUGAAAUUUUUCGUUUAAUAAAAACUACCCCAAACUGC